AUGACAAAAUUCCCGUCACGAAAUUCGAUACCAAUGACAAACCUACCAAAGAAAGGGAGUGUCACUUCUGGCGCAGCGAAUGGUGUCAAUACUUCCGCUUGGAGUACAACUAAUUCCUUUCCACAAGCCCAACCUCAAGCGCAAGCCCAUCUGUACGAUGUGGGGAAUCGGCAACAACAGCAAAAAAUUACAGCCCAAGCCUCUUCUUUCCCGGCUCCUCAAAACCCUCUUCAAUCCACUACAACAACUACCGCUCCCAGAUGUGCUGUUGGGAACACUGCUGUCGCGUCGACCUCAAACGCUAUUAAUAAUCGAACGCAGCGUCAUCAGAAUAGCCAAGCACCAUCAGUAGCAGGUAGUAACAGUAGUAGUGAUUUCCUCAAAAUUGGAGCCGUGUGGCUUGAUCGGUACGAGAUUACUGAUAUAAAAGGGAAAGGAACUUUCGGACAGGUCUUUCGAGCACACGAUCGCAAAACCCACGAGGAGGUGGCGAUCAAGGUGAUAAAAAAUAGGCGGCAAUUCCUGGCGCAAGCGGAAAUUGAGAUCAAGCUUCUAAGAGAAAUUGCACACUUUCAAGAGAAUGAACAAAGAGCUGUUGAAGUUGGGGCUAACUAUGUCGGUGAGUUGACCUUUCAUAUGGAUUUCAAUGAUGCGCAUAUCUUAAAUGGGCAUGUAAACUGGUGUUGGUUGAAAAUGGUCAAGGGGUUCGAUAUGUUCAACCAUCUUCUUCAUUCUGCAGUUAAUCUGAAGGGAUACUUCACGUAUCAAGGUCACUGGUGUCUGGUCUUCGAAUGUCUCUCCUACAACCUCUACGAACUCCUAACUUACACUCAUUUUCGAGGGGUUUCGUUGCAUCUGACCCUGAAAUUCGCACGUCAGCUCUGUGCCGCUCUCGUCUUCCUCUCGCGCCCCGAUGUUCGGGUCAUGCAUUGUGACCUAAAACCCGAAAACAUCCUCCUUGUCACUCCGAAACGCUCCGAUCUCAAGGUUAUUGACUUUGGCUCCUCUUGUCAUGUCAAUGAAAAUGUCCAUCAGUACAUUCAGUCUCGAUUCUAUCGUGCUCCUGAGGUUUUACUUAAUCUUGACUACGGUCUAAGCAUUGAUAUGUGGUCACUGGGCUGUAUUCUCGUGGAAAUGCAUACAGGAGAACCCCUGUUCUCUGGCUCGAAUGAGUUGGAACAACUCCUACAAAUUGUGGAAGUUCUGGGAUUACCGCCUCUUUGGAUGCUGGAAAAAAGUCCAAAAUUGGAACACUUUUUCGAGAGGGUCUCUGAUGUUUCGAGUUCCCUGUGUUCUUCUACAUCGUCCAACUCUUCAGGACAGCAGCCUGACCGGAUGGAUACGUCUGGCCAAACUUCUCCUACUUCACCUUUUUCCAAGGCGUGUGUUACAAUAAAGGGCAUUGUCUAUCGGCCACGGCGGAUAUAUUCCAAAGGAAACAUGACCAUGAGGUGCCGUUUCGCGGGUCCCCAAACAAGACCGCUUCGAGAGGUAUUAGGACGUGAUACUGGGGGUCCAGGUGGACGACGAUCAGGUGAAGAAGGUCACUCUCCUGAAGACUACGACAAGUUUAUCGACUUGGUUGCUCAGAUGCUUGUCUACGAUCCUCGGGCCCGACUUCGACCUGAUGAGGCCUUGGCUCAUCGUUUCUUCGAUAGAAAAUCAUCUUCCGCCACCGCAAGUGCUGCUGCCGCCGCCGCUGCUGCUGCUAAUUCGACUUCUGAAAAUCAUCCAACGACUAACAUAACUGCCCCAUCCACAACCAACAACACAGCGCCAUCUCUAGUUGUGGUUCCGAAACGAUUUCCGGAGGAACCCGCUGUCAAUAUGUCAACGACAGCGACAGCAGCAAUUGGAGUAGCAGGUGGAGGAUUUGUUGAUGGAAGUAGCCCGGCUUAUCUCACGUUUGCGCCAAAUCAACAACCACCAUCAGAUGUGGUGUCCACUCUCCAACAGCAAUAA